AUGAGGUUUGCCAAUUUUGUUGUCGAUUUGGCAGCGGUGCUCAGCGCAUCACGCUCCGUUGCAUCCAAGCAUGUCGCGUUGAGAGGUCGGCAGCUUGAGAGCUUCACCAAGGCAUCGAGCUUGACGCGCAAGUCACCGACAGCGCCCGAAUAUACGCGAGACGAUGCCGCGGCAGAACCAGCAACGGCCACAUCUGAGGCCACGGAAGCUCAGACGCAGGCUACAACAGAUGUUUCUUCGUCGCAAAAUGGGCCGGCAGUUCAGGUCAACCACAUCCCACACCAGUCUCCAAGCAACUUUCAGCCUUCAAUCUUCGAUAAUGCAUCCGGUGUCCGGCCAGAUUCCGGAUCUGUUCUAUCUCAAUUGAGGCAAUUGAAUCCUUCCGGAACCCCCUGGUCAGAUGCGUCGCCGUUGGAAGCAAAGGACAAAAAGGCCAACGCCCCUUCUGAAGUUCCUGUUGGCAAGAGACCUGCGGUUUCGUACGGCGCCCCUAUUUCCGAGGAGCUCGACGAUGUCCCGUCCGGUGUCAAUAUCAAUAUAUUUCACAGCACCCGUGCCGCCAAGCUACUGGGCAAGGACGAAGACCAGACGAAGGCCAAAAUGGGAAACCGACAGAAGCUCAAGCCUGUUGGCCUCCCAGACUUUGUCGAUUUCUCAAAGCUUGCAAAGAUCACCCAAAAUACUCCAUCUUCGGGAGAACUCAGCUCCAGCCUUACUCAGGAGGCCUCUGAAGAAAGCGCAGUCAGAGAUGGCGUCAACAGGAAAGUUGUCUCAAAUUCCCAGGAAGCUGUGAUAUCUGUCCCCGUCUCUGCAGAACCAGAAUCCAAGGAUGUGCCGCCCGUUGAGGCCGAUCUGGGGGCCACAGCCGACCAAUCAACCACAUCAGCAUACGUCCUCCGAGAAUCGAAGGUGCCGGCCACGCGUUUGAGCAGACUUUGGAACUAUGGCGGGCUGGCGGCGGGCAUGAUGGGGGGUGCCAUUACCGAGAGUAUCGGUAGGGCAUUGGGCGGCAAAGGCGAGGGCUCCGUGCUGCUAAGCGCCAGUAACAUGGAGCGGCUCGUGGCGAAGCUUUCGAGAAUGCGCGGUGCCGCCUUGAAGAUGGGCCAGAUGAUGAGCUUCCAGGACACUAAGAUGCUUCCUGGGCCGAUCCAGGAGGUUUUGCAGAGGGUGCAGGACCGCGCCGACUACAUGCCUGCAUAUCAGAGAGAUAAAGUGCUCGCGGCGAACCUGGGGCCGGAAUGGCGUGAACUGUUUGAUGAGUUUGAGGAGAAACCUAUCGCCGCUGCCUCUAUCGGCCAGGUCCACCGAGCCACCCUGAAGGAGGGCGGCCGCAAGGUUGCCGUCAAGAUCCAGUUCCCAGGCGUCGCCGACUCCAUUAACUCGGACCUCGACAACCUCGGUAUCCUUUUGACGGCGACCAAGCUCCUCCCCAAGGGCCUGUACCUGAACAAAACCAUCGACAACGCGCGGCUCGAGCUCGGCUGGGAAUGCGACUAUGAGCGAGAGGCGCAGUGCCUGCUCCGGUACAAAGAGCUGCUCGCAGACGAACCCGACACCUUCCUCGUGCCCGAAGUUCACCUUCAGGCCUGCGGCAAGAACGUUCUGACGAUGGACUGGAUGGAGGGCGUCGGUGUCACCAGGGUCAAGUCCUUCACCCAGGAGCAGAAGGACUGGAUCGGCACCCAGAUCCUGCGCCUCUGCCUGCGGGAGAUCACCGAGUUCAAGUUCAUGCAGACGGAUCCCAACUGGACCAACUUCCUAUACAACGCGGAGACCAACAGGCUCGAGCUCCUCGACUUUGGCGCCUCGAGGGAGUACCCUGACGAAUUCGUUACGCAGUACGUCGAGCUGCUCGCGGCGGCCUCGAGAUCGGACCGCGAAGGUGUGAAGCAGCUCUCGGAGAGCCUGGGGUACCUCACUGGCCACGAGAGCAAGAUCAUGUUGGAUGCGCACGUGAAAUCGAUUCUCACCCUGGCAGAGCCCUUCCUUGACUCAGCCCCCGAGGUCUACGACUUCCACGACCAGACCAUCACCGAGCGUGUCAAGGCUCUCAUCCCCGUCAUGUUGCGCGAGAGGCUCGCGCCACCGCCCGAGGAGACGUACAGCUUGCACCGCAAGCUAAGCGGAGCCUUUCUGCUCUGCGCGAAACUCGGCAGCAAGGUCAAGUGCCGCGAGAUGUUUGCGGAGAGUCUGAGGAAGAACGGGCUCACUGUUUAA